AUGUCUCGUUCUUCUCAUCGGGAUGAUUUCUUUCAAACUACUGCUGCGCUUGACGAGCAGAAGCGAAAGGACGCUAAAUCUAAAAAUACAAAUGGAGACCCCAUCAGGCUACAAAGUAAGAUCUUGGCAGUCGAGGCAGACCCUCUGAACCCUGGCGCCGUAUUCGUGGCACAGAGUGGUGGCACGGUCAGAAAGAUUAUACUCGAAACAGGUGAAACUGCUGCUCUUUAUAAAGGACCAACGGCCCCCAUCACAAGCGUCUGCUUUAGCCCCGACGGUCGAUUACUAUUCGCCGGUUGCUGGGAUAAAUACGUCUGGUGCUGGGAUGUGGCUUCGAAGGAAGUGAAACAGAAAUAUGAAGGUCAUACCGACUUUGUAAGAGCGGUAGUCACUACCAGACUCCAGGGCAAGGAUGUCCUUGUCUCCGGCGGGGCUGACGCGCAGAUCUUGGUGUUCGACAUUGCCAGUGGCGAGCGGCUCUCCGUCAUGAAGGGACAUGCCAAGGGUAUCCAGGGACUUGCCGUAGAUCCAGUCUCUUUAGAUUCUGACAGCCAAGAGUUGGUUGUUUUCAGCGCUGGUAGCGAUCGGGAAAUUCGCCAUUUCGAUAUCGCAAGUGGCAGUAAAGAUCUGACUGGCACGGACGCCAUCCUAGCCCAUGAUACAAAUGUGUUCAAGCUCUUCUUUGACCGGGAUGCCGACUUGUGGACUGCCUCUGCAGACAAAACUGCAAAAUGCCUCGUGCGAGAGGAAGGCUGGAAGCCAAACUUGACAUUAACUCACCCAGAGUUUGUCCGCGACGUGGUUGUCUACGAGCAGGGUGGCUGGGUUGUGACUGCUUGCAGAGAUGAAGAGGUUCGCGUAUGGAAUCGCUCGACCGGACAACUUUACCAUACCUUCUCUGGCCAUUUCGAGGAAGUCACAGGACUAGUACUCCUGGGCUCAACGCUAGUCAGUGUCGGUAUCGAUGCCACCAUCCGUCGGUGGUCCUUGAAGCCCGAAGAUCUCCAGAUCGCUGUAGAAAAGGCCAAGAACACAUCGACUGAGGAGGAACCAGAGCCAAAUCCUGGGUCAAUGCUUACGGAGGAGGAAGAGCGUGAGCUGGCUGAACUUUUGGAAGAAGACUGA